AUUUUAUAGUUCAAUUUGAUAGCAGAUACAAUGAUUUAAACAUUAGAAGUGUACAGCUCUGAUGAUUCUGGACAUGCGUGGGAAGGUGGGCACUUGAUGUGGAAGUUGUCAGACUGAGAUGCUGGCAGUCUCCAGAUCAAAUUCCUGUGUGUGUGUGUGCGUGUGUGUCUCGUUGACAUCAGGUCGCAUAUGUCCACUGCAUCUUCGGUGCCAUCAGUGCUGGCUCCCAUGCCCCCUACUCGUAGUUUAAGCUCAGUUCCAGAAACACAAGGACUACUGGAAAACCACUAUGAUGUGACCAGAGAAUUGGGAAAAGGCUCCUACGGCGUGGUAUAUUGCGUCCGGCAUAGGAGAAGUGGUGAGCACAGAGCUUUGAAAUCGAUUCAGAUCAACAAGCUGGAGGAACCAGGGCAUUUCAAAGAUGAGCUCGAGAUUGCAAAGCAGCUGAAUCAUCCGUAUGUAGUCAAAUUGUACGAAGUUUUUCAAACAGGUGAGUGCGUUCACCUGGUCAUGGAACUUUGCACUGGUGGCACUUUGGCAGAGAUGCUGGAAUCUGCCAAUGCCGCUGCUGUCAAGGAAAGUGGCCACGGAGCACGCGCAAAGUGGUCCGCAGAUGUGAUUGGCGCCUCACUUAUGUGGCAGAUGCUGUGCGGUAUAUGCUACUUGCAUCACCAUAGAAUAAUCCAUCGCGACAUCAAGCCAGAGAAUUAUUUGGUUCAGAGACAAGGGGAGCUGAUGCUUCUGAAGCUAGCAGACUUUGGCCUUGCUUGUAUGUUCAAGAAAGGCCGACCUCUGAAGGACAUCCUUGGGACACCCUGCUACGUCGCACCUGAAGUCCUUUGUGGGCGAUACGAUGAGCGUUGUGAUGUUUGGAGUAUUGGAGUCGUUUCCUUCGUGCUUUGCACAGGUCAUCAUCCCUUUGCAUUCAGCAAUGCGGAUACUGCGAAGGUUGUGCUGCAGAGAAUCAAGUCAAACGACAUGGACCCUGCGGAUACUCAUUGGAAUGAAGUUCAUGAGGAGGCCAGAGAGCUUGUCUUCAAGAUGAUGCAACGAGACCCUGAAGAGCGACCUAGAGCAAAGCGCCUCCUUGCAGGGAGCGCUUGGUUGCAGCAGUUUGAUUUACCAAGGUUGGUUUCCGUGCCGAAAAAUCACGGCUGCUGUGUCGUGAGCUAGACAGCAGCCUACACUGGCUUUCCGGCUUUCCAAUGAUGCGCAAAAAAUUCGUGCAUAGAGGACUUCCAAGAGAUGUCCAUUGUGCCAAUGGUGUGGAGGUUUAAUUUAGGGCGGCUACAACUACUUCUCAGCUUCGAAGAUUGAGGAGACCGCUCAACCUCCAACAACGGGCAGGUGUCUCCAGGCUAUGUUUGAUUAUUCCUGC